CAUCAUCUGAUCUGUUGCUUCUGCUGUAGCAACUUCUUCAAAAUGAACUCUAUCACCCUCACCAUUUUCGCCGGGCUCAUCGCCCUCAGUGCCGCUCGUCCCCACCGCUGGGAAAGCGGAAUCGGCGGCGGCCUCGGCGGCGGCCUUGGUUCCUUCCGCGGUGGUUUCAGCAAUGUCGGUUUUGGCGGUGGUGCCAUCGGCUCAGGUUUCGGCGGCGGUCUCGCUGGAGUCGGCGUGACCUCCGAGUCGGUCUCUGGCCGCGUGGUGCAUCCCAGCAUCACCACCGGGGUGCAGCUCGUGUCCAAGCCUUUCCCAGUCCAAGUCCCCGUCAAAGUCCCCAUCGUGAAGCACAUCCCCGUUCCCAAGACCAUCAAGACUGUCAAGACCGUCAAGGUUCCCUUCCAGGUGGUCAGGACAGUCCCCGUGCCAGUCGUUAGGACCAUUCAGGUCCCAGUACAAAUCCCUGUUAGAGUUGGAGGUGGAUUCGGAGGAGUUGGAGGUGGAUUCGGUGGAGUCGGAGGUGGACUUGGUGGAGUCGGAGGAGGAUUCGGUGGAAUCGGAGGUGGACUUGGUGGAGUCGGAGGAGGAUUCGGUGGAGUCGGAGGUGGACUUGGUGGAGUCGGAGGUGGACUUGGUGGAGUCGGAGGUGGACUUGGUGGAGUCGGAGGAGGAUUCGGUGGAGUCGGAGGUGGACUUGGUGGAGUCGGAGGUGGAUUCGGUGGAGUCGGAGGCGGACUUGGUGGAAUCGGAGGUGGACUUGGUGGAGUCGGAGGAGGAUUCGGUGGAGUUGGUGGUGGAGUCAGUCGAAUCGGUGGUGGAGUUGGCGGAGUCGGUGGUGGAUUCAGCGGAAGCAGCGGUGAAAUCGGCGGUGGAUUCGGGGGAGACUUCGAUGGCGACUCUGAUGAGAAGUAAACCCUGAAACUAUUUCUCUAUAACUUGUCGAACCGAACGAAUUACCUAGUCAUGAUGACUAAGGAUCAUAAUUUAAAUUAUUUAAGAGGCUUUGUUGCAUGUUCAUGUAGGCCUCUUACAAAUACAAGCCUUUGUCACUA